AUGUCUAUAACACCAAAAGUAUUAAUUUUUGGACCAGAAAACUCUGGCAAAACUACACUUCUGUACCAAUUCAAAUAUCACGAAUUUAUACAAACAAUCCCAACAUUCAGCUGCAAUUGCGAGACAAUUUUUUUCAAUAAUCUUCCAAUGACAUUUUGGGAUGUCGGCAGUUCAGCACCAGUUCAACAAUUUUUCAAUUUAUAUUUGAAAGAUAAAAAUGCUCUUGUGUUUGUUGUUGAUGCAAGCGACAAAGAAAGAAUUGGAAAUGCUCGAUGGUUGUUGUGGCAGGUUAUGGAAGAUGUACAGUCAUUGCCGUUGAUUGUUGUUGGUAACAAAAUUGAUGAAGUGGAUGCGAUGGAUAAAAAUGAGAUUAUUGAAAAAUUAGACCUUAAUCAGAAACCUGAUUGCGAGUAUCAAUUUGUGAUGACGUCAGCAAAAUUGAACGAAGGAAUUGACGAAGCUCUCAAAUGCAUUUAUAUGUGCUUAUAUUCCAGACAUUAG